AUGGCAACUGUAGUCAAGGAAGAAAAAGAUGAAUAUUACGAUGUCGACGAUGGUGGUAGCAUCGGUGGUGAUUCAGGAUUUAGCACAGGAGAAGAAGAUAAGCAUGAUGGAUCAAAGGCGACUUCUGCUAUUGCUACUGUACAAGAAGUGACUACAGAACAAAGCGAACAACUUGAAGAUGUAAUAGAGGUGUCUCGUGAUGUCAGGGACGAGCAGGUCUCUGUGGUAGUUCAAGAAGAAAUGAUCCUCAUUGAUGAUGAAGAGCAAAAAAAGAAUUUCUUCACUCGUGUUGCUUCCAUUCCUAUCAUUCAAGACAGUUAUCUGGGAGCCCACAACAUUGUGCGACAACAUACCAUUGGUCAAAAGGCACUUGAUUAUGCUGAAACAAAAAUACAGACCAUCCUUGUUUCGGCGCAGUCUAUUGAUAAUAAGCCUUUGGGCACUAUCUUUUCUCAUGCCAACGACUUGGGUAACCGAUCACUCGAUCUACUUGAGCGUCAAUUCCCCAUGAUCAAUUCGCCCACGCAAGAGAUCAUUCAACCCAUCAAGGGUCGUCUUGACCAAGCCGUCUCUCUCUGGAAGGAAAAAGGCGACAGAGCAUCCAUGGAUCGCAUCACAGACCAGUUUGAACGACUCUUGGAUUACUACCUUCCUGCUGAGCAAGAAGAAAAAGUGACAAUUCAAGAACAUGGCGUUCAGCGUCUGGUCAAGGUUAUCAAUAUCUUAUCUAGUCGCAUUACUCAGAAAGUGAUGAAUAAAGUCGAAGCUAGUAAAGAAGAAGAAAGAAGGAUAAGAGCAGUCAUCAAGACAUGGAUCAUUGAACAAGCUAAAUCCAUGAUCGAAAAGAGACCAUUCCUGAAGGAAAGGAUAGAUAUAGGCUCUGAGCAAGUGCAGACUCUGUACAAUUUCACACAAACAGAAUUAGACAAGGUUCGUCAAGAGUUGAAUAAACAAAAUUUAAGCCACAUGGAGCGUGUAAGAAGUAUUUGGACACUAUCCCGAAACGAUAUCAUCUUGCCCUUAUUUGAAAAAUCCUCUUCCUUACUUUAUUUCAAGCGACAAGAUCAACAGCAGUCAAAGAUGGCCCCCGUUGCUUAA